AAGAGUCUGGGUGCACACAGAGAGGGGACAGGAAUAUCAUUAGGAAAUUAGUUAUUUGCCUUACUUCCACAGAAAAGCAAAAAACAGCCCAGCUUCCUCAGAGGCUUACAUACACUGUGGGGAUUUAAGGAGGGAUCUUCCUGCGAGACUAUGUCCAAUAAUAAAAUAAGAAUUGCUGGAGUCUGUGCUUGUAUUGUGAUGCUCUCAUGUUUCUAUUCCUCAUAUUCAAGUAUGAGGCAUUUAACAUCCAUUGCCUUCAUCAAAAACAUGCAAGUUUCCAGCAAAGAAUCAACAGUGUGGGUGGCUAAGCUGGAUGCCUCACUUAACUUUGGGGCCAGGCCGCAAGUUCAGACUCAUACAUCCUGGAAUGCUUCUAUUGUGUGGCAGUCAAUGUUUGAUGAAGAUCUUUAUGACAAUAAGCACAGGGAAGCAAAAACAACUGUUGCUCUCACUGUGUUCGCAGUUGGAAGGUAUCUGGAGGCCUAUCUCAACACGUUCCUGACCUCAGCAGAGAAACAUUUUAUGUUGGGAUUACCUGUGACAUAUUUUGUGUUUACUGAUUUACCAGAGAAGGUGCAGAACAUUACCCUAGCUCCUCAGAGACACAUCAAAGUUGUCAAAGUGGAGAAGUACAGCAGGUGGCAGGACAUCUCCAUGAUGCGAAUGAAGACGAUAUCGGAAAUAAUCGACGCAGUCCUGAAGUACGACUUCCACUAUGUCUUCUGCUUUGAUGUGGAUCAGAUAUUUAAAGCAAGAUUUGGCUCUGAGGCUCUUGGGGAGUCGGUGGCCCUACUCCAUGCUCACUAUUACAAACUUCCAAAGCACAGGUUCACAUAUGACAGAAAUCCAAAAUCCAAAGCUUGCAUGACUGAAGGAGAUUACUACUACCACGCUGCAAUUUUUGGAGGCACGUGUGAAAAGGUAAAGGCCUUGGCAGAUUACUGCUAUGUGAACAUCAUGGAAGACAAACUGAAUAAUGUGGAGGCUUUAUGGCAUGAUGAAAGUCACCUAAACAAGUACUUUUGGCUUAAUAAACCCACAAAGUUGCUUUCCCCUGAGUACUGCUGGGACGAGAAUAUCGGUGAUGCAAGAGACAUACAGCUCAGGCGCCUGAUAUGGGCCCCCAAAGAUUAUGAGAAGCUUCGUACUCGGUAGCAUGGAAAGAAAAUCCAAAAGUUUUUUCCUGAAUUUUGUUUUUCGCUAAUGUGAAAAACAAAAUUGUGAAAUGUGAAACAUAGUUUCAAAUGUCUAACUAUCACAGCAAGCUCAAAAAUCUUGUUUAAAAACUUGCCCAUUAGGUGCGACUCAUUGUAAACUUACAUUAUAACCCUUUUUGUUGCUAAAGUCCUUACACUGGCUCCCUGUACCUCAGAAAGUAGACUUUAAAAGUCUCCCGUUAGUCUGUAAAUUACAGAAUGGGUCAGCACCAAAAUACAUCACAGACUUGUUAUCAGUGCAUCUAUACUCCAGACCACUCAGGUCUUCAUAGUUCAAGUCUAAUCUUCAUUCCCAGCACCAGAACUAGAACCAGACAUGGAGAAGCAGCAUUCAGUUCUUAUGCUCCAUUCACCCUAAACAAACUUACAUAAGACUGUAAAAGUGCUGAAACCCUGAGUUCCUUUAAAUCAAGGUUAAAACCUAUUAGAGUUGCUUUUGGGUGUUAACUGAAACAUCCUUACCUCUGUAUGUUUUUAUGCUCCAUUCAUGUACAGCACUUUGAGUUGUCAAGUUUCUAAAAUGUGUAAACUAGCCUCGCCUUACUCCUACCAUUUAAUAGGUGUAAAUAGUCUUUUUUACUCGUGCACCAUGGCGUUGAGGCACUUUUAAUUUGUAGAUAUUUGCCCUGUCCCAAUACUCACACUAAACCCUAUGCACUUCUAUGAAGUGUGAUCCUGGUGGAAGUGUACAUAACGGUUCUAGUGCACAGGUUACAAGCGUCCAAAACAGGAGGACUGGGGCACUACGGGUUACGUCAUGGAUUUGCAUUUUUGGUGUCAUAACUGUGACACCAAAAAUGACGGGACCAUCACUGUUUUUGCAAUCUUUACUGCUAAUAAUUAUUAAAAUCACAACAAGCAAUCAUUUUGACGGGAAUAAAUUGCAGGGACAGAAAUUUGAGAGGAUUGGCCAGAGUUGGUAUUGACACAAAUGUGAAAUGAAUGGAAAAUAAUAUUGUUCAAUAUAUACCCAAAAUAAA